GAAUGUUUGAGCACCAGUGGCACCGUUGACAGGUGACAAUUCGUUGUCGUAUUUACUAAACAAGCUUCUCUGGGUGCUGGUUCUUCGAAUAAACAGGAAAAAUGGGUAAACGACAACAUCAGAAAGAUAAAAUGUACCUGACCUACACGGAAUGGUCGGAGUUCUAUGGAGGCAAGAAAGUUGAAUCGGCUGAGAAUGAGCAUAUUAAGUUCAAAAGGCUUCCCUUUGAUCACUGCUGCAUUACCAUGGUCCCUUUCGAAAUACCAUACUGCGAUCGAGAUGGUAAUGUCUUCGAACUUCAAGCGAUCCUAGACUUUGUGAAGACAUUCAAAGUGAACCCAAUCACUGGGAAACCAAUAGACGUGAAAACCCUCGUUAAGUUGAAAUUCCACCGGAACGGCGAAGGAGAUUACCACUGUCCCGCGUUAUUCAAGCCCUUUACUAAGAAUUCGCACAUUGUGGCCGUUGCGGCUACAGGAAAUGUCUUCUCCUACGAAGCUGUCGAACAGCUCAACAUUAAAACGAAGAACUGGAAGGACUUGGUUGACGACACUCCAUUCCAGCGGAAAGAUUUGAUUACGAUUCAAGAUCCGCAAAAUAUACAAAAAUUUGAUAUCUCCAAAUUCCAUCACAUUCAGAAGAAUCUUCGUUUGACCGAGGAGGAGAUUGCUGAGAGGAAAGACCCAACGGCUCGGUUGAAAACGGUCAACUUAGAGACGAAGGAGACUCUCGCCGAGCUCGAAAGGGACUAUCAGCCUGCGGAGAACACUGAGGAGAAGACGCGGAAAGUUGCGGACAAAUUCAAUGCGGCACAUUACUCCACCGGAGCUGUCGCGGCCAGCUUUACCUCAACUGCGAUGGUUCCUGUGUUUACUCAUGAACCGGCGAUUAUUGAAGACGAUCUAGUGCGAUACGAACGGGUUAAAACGAAAGGUUACGUGCGGUUCGUUACUAAUUUUGGACCUCUCAACUUUGAACUCUACUGCGAUUCAGUUCCUCGUGCUUGCGAGAAUUUCAUAAAACACUGCGCGAAUGGUUAUUAUAACGGAAAAGUUCAUCGGUCCAUUAGGAACUUUAUGAUACAAGGAGGUGACCCCACAGGAACUGGCACUGGUGGAAAAUCCAUUUGGGGAAAGAAGUUUGAUGAUGAGUUCCGUCCAAAUCUUUCCCAUACUGGCCGCGGGAUUCUCUCGAUGGCAAAUUCUGGGCCGAAUACAAAUUCGUCUCAAUUCUUCAUAACCUACCGAUCGUGCAGACACUUGGAUGGCAAACAUACAAUUUUCGGGAAAUUAGUUGGUGGGAUGGAUACUCUUAAUGAAAUGGAAAAAGUCGAAGUGGACAACAAAGAUCGUCCCAUUUACGACAUAGUUUUGGAGAAGGCGCAAGUUUUUGUAGAUCCUUUCCAAGAAGCUGAAGAGCAAUUGGCUGCCGAACGAGCCGAGGAAGUCGCGAAAAAGGAGCGUGAAGUUGAAGCCGUGGAGAAAAAGAAACGACAGAAUCAACCGUUGAAAGUUUUCCGGGACGGCGUUGGAAAGUACCUCAAUAUUGCGCAAAUAAAAAAUGCCGAAAAGCUGGAAAGUGGGAGCAGUAGUAGUAAAGUCCCACCGCAGAAGAAGCAGAAGCGGGAAGCUAGUAAUAAGUUUGGUGAUUUUAGUUCAUGGUAGUGUAUUCGUUUCUUGUGUUAAUAAAUUAACAAGGUUAGUUUCUGAUUUUUGUUUGCAA